AUGAUCCAUUAUUAUUGUUAUGCUCCUAUAAACAAAGAAAAAAUUUCUACUCAAAUCAACAGUGUUGCUAGUCAAUUGAAUCCGAGUACAAUGGUCACUACUGAAAAUGUAGUCGAUAGUGUUCACCUUGAUGAUGAAUCUAGUUUAACAAAACAGAUAGAUCGAACAGAGUGCUGUGAAAUGCCUUCAUUUGACAAAGAAACACCUCUAGAGGUUAAAUCUAAGUCAAUGGAUGAAGAUGUAGCACUUAUUGAUGCUGCUGCUGAUGAACAACAGUCAACGACAUCGUCACCUGCUUCCUCGUCGACUUUUUCAUCCUCCUCGAAUUCCUCUUCCCGUUCUGAUUCUUCUUUGGGUAGUGAGAAUUAUCCCAGUAGUACUAGUAGUAGUAAAAGGAUGAGUCGGAGGAGCAACAACAGCACCACAAGUGAAAAUGGUGGAAUUCAGUCAAAAUUAUUGAAUCAUAACUUUGAAAAAAAAUAUUUCAAUUCACUACAAAGUAGUGAAAUAAUAGGCUCAGUUACAAUUGAAGCAUUAAAUUGCAUUCCAUGGUAUGAGUGUUUAUAUUCACACGAUAAAUUAUGUAACUUUUUAAAAUAUCCUUUAUCGUGUAUGAAAUUAGUCACUCCAUCACGUGGUAAUUUAUCAAUUGGUCAACAUCAUCAGGAGCAGAAGCAGUGUGAUAGUGAUCCUUCUCAUCGAAGUUAUCAGCAGCAGCAUAGUCAUUGUCGUUGUCAUCAUCAUCAUUGUGAUGAUCAGUAUCAUCUCUUUGUUUCUUCUUCGACCUCUCAGUUCGUUCAUGCUUUCGAUCUGUUAGCUAGUGGUAUGAAUAUUUUACAAGAUUUACUAUUUUCUGAAUCAUUACUUAUACGUCUGUCAACAAAAGACUUGAUGCACAUCUCCAUGACAUCAUGCUUUGCAAGAAGACCAAAUGAAGAUGAUAUAUACUUUAUUCUAGAAGAAAUGUUUCAUUGGUUACCUAUUUAUAAUCGUCAAACAGGUGAUUGUAGUUCGUUUGGAGAACAGAGUACACCACCUGCACCUGUUGUUCUUUCGGAAUCAUCUUCCCCAGUGUUAUCGCCAAAACCGACAUGUUUUAAAUCGUGCAAUUCAGAUUCACUGAAGCACUUUCAUUCCAUGUCUGUAAAGCAUAAAGAUACCCUACUGUGUGGUCAUUUACAAUUAUGUAUUGCUGUAUUCAAAUGUCUCUUCAAUUCCUCGACUUCAACAUUCCAAUCACAAGAAAUAAGGCAUGAAGGCGAGAUCAAGAAAAAUGUAGAUAACACAACAUCAACACUGAAAACCAGAGUACACAGUUCUGAUAGUGACGUGGAAAUAAUCGAUGUGAAUGACAGUUGUACCAAUUGUUUUGUCGAUACCAAUCACAAAAGUGUUGAAGAUACUGUUGCCAAUCAACAAAACAGUGAUUUGUCAGCAGCAACAACAACAACAGCCUUUUUAGUGAAUCAAACAUGUUUAGUUGAAGACAUGCUUGAGCUAUUAAUAUUUCCUGCGUCUAAAUGGUUCGCUCAAUUGCAUGAAGGUAAACAAUGCUCGAAAUUGAGUAAUGAAGACCAAAGGAUAAAUAAUACUCAUGACGGCGUUGAUGGUACUAUAGAAUCAGCAUCAUCUCAUUUUAAAUCAUUGCCUAGCGUAUUAUGUUCAAGGAAAUUGUUGAAUUAUUCAUUUUCCUUUCUUCUCUGUAUGGCGCAUUGUAAUCCAUUUAUUAGUCAACUUUUGGCUUCUAGGCUACAUGAUUUAAUGUUUUGUGCAAGACCUGUAAAGUCCAAUUGGGACUUUCAUCUAGCAUCAAUAACCACCAAUCCAGUAUCAUCAUUGUCGUCGUCGUCGUCAUCACCAUCAACGUUAUAUUCAGUAUUCAAAGAUGAAAAUGAUUUUUACACCUUGAUUAUGAACAACGCUAACAGUAAUACUGAUACACUGAGAUUUGUUGGCUUAAAAAAUGGUGGUGCCACGUGUUAUAUGAACUCAAUUAUACAACAAUUAUUCACAUUAGAACCAAUUCGUGAUUGUGUAUUGAGUGCGAAUCCAGAAUGUUUAUUGCGUGAAUGUAAUAAACCGAUGAAUGAUACAUUGUCGUCUUCAAUUAUCAAUAGUAAGAGUACUAAUAGUGAUGAUUCUGUUCAGCAGAAUGAUUUGGACAAUGAAAGUACAACACACACAAAUGAUUUGUGCAAACGACAGGCUAAAUUAAAACCUUUAAAUCGUGAGAAAAUACAUCAUCUUAAUGUGUUAUUUCAUAUGCAAACUAUAUUUGGACAUUUAGCCUACAGUCGUGUGAAAUAUUAUGCUCCGGUGGAAUUCUGGCGUAAUUUCAAAUUUCGUUCAGAAACUGUGCAGGUUGGAGAACAACAUGAUGCAGUGGAAUUUUUUCAUAUCCUUGGUAAUAAUUUAGAUGAAGCCUUAGAAUUGUGUCAAUUACCCAAGAUUGUUGAAGUUAUAUUAGGUGGUAAAUUCGCCGAUCAAAAAAUAUGUCUAGAUUGUCCGCAUCGAUACACAAGUUAUGAGUCGUUUACAACGCUCAAUGUUGACAUAUUGGAUCAUAGAAACCUACUUGACUCACUUGAACAAUAUGUGAAAGGUGAGUUACUGGAAGGGGACAAUGCGUAUCAUUGUUGUGUGUGCGACAAAAAGAUACCAAUAUUGAAACGUAUGUGCAUUCAAAAGCUCCCCUUAGUUUUGGCGAUCCAGUUGAAACGGUUCGAUUAUGAUUGGGAACAAGGUGUUUCACUAAAGUUCAAUAAUUACUGUGAAUUUCCACGUCAGUUGGAUAUGUUACCGUAUACUGUUCACGGUUUAAAAGAUUCAAUGAAUGCAUCUAAUGAUGAUGAGGUAAAUAUUAGUAGUAGUGAAGUGAAUACGAACCAUAACACUGAUGUAAUACAACCUCAAAAACAACAAAAUACCAGUGAAGAAGAUGUUGAUAACAAUGAGAAUCCAUGUACAAAGUACAAUCUACGUGGUGUUGUUGUUCACAGCGGUGAAGCAUCAUCGGGACAUUAUUACUCCUUCAUACGACACUAUGUGCCUAAAGCACGAACGUAUAAAUGGUUUAGAUAUGAAGAUCAUAAUGUUUUCCCAGUUCCUUUAGACAAACAUGAAGAGGCCGUAAGUCAUUGGUUUGGCGAUGAACUGAAACAGCCAUUAAAUGAUGUGCCUAAAUUUUCACGUUCACGUCAUGAUAAACGUUGGUGGAGUGCAUACUUAUUAUUCUAUGAAAGGGAAGAUUUUCAAGAACAAAUAAAAAAACUACCGAUACCUAGAAUUGGCUCUGAUAGUCAUCAAUCAAAACUGUUUGCUGAACGUGUAAAAGAUAUUAUUAUUUCACAAAAUAUUCAGCAUUUGCAUUAUCGUAUGCAAUUUCAUCCAUUGAUUCCAGAUUUUAUUUACCACUUCGUCAGUAAUAAUAUUCAGCUCUUCACGGAAGACUCUACUACGCAAGGGAAUUUAACACCGAUUACAUUUAGAUUAUUGCUUCACUUUAUUUAUUUGCACUAUCAAACAGUUUUAUCGAAUUGGAAGCGUUGGUUAUUCAUAUUACUAAAGUUGGUUGCUGUCAGUACUGCAUCGACGAGAUGUGAAUUAAUUAAAUCCACCUUUUUAAAGUCACCAGAUCAAAUUAAAUUUUUACUUUUCGAUUGUCCACAUCCGGAGAUACGAUUUAUUGGUGCCAGCCUCAUCGUUUAUAUAUGCCAUUUAUGCAUGAAUGAUCCAUCUGUACAAUACACUGAUAUUCUAAAAGCUUUUAUUUCACUGACUGAUAGCCACCUUACGAUCAAUACUGAUAAUAAGAACCAUCAUCCUGAUAUUGUUAGAUUAGAUAAACUAAGAAAUACGCUGAAUACUUCAACGACUGGUCUGUCUCAUAUACCAAGGCCUAUAAUUAAUGGGAAAACAAUAUCAUCAUCAUCAUCAUCAUUGUCAGUUGGAGAAAAUUCUAGCAUAGAUUGUGUUGCACGUAUAUUCUCAGCUACUUGUUUCAUAAAUCGUUUUCUAGCUGCUGCUGGUGCUGCUACAUCUCCCGCUCCCACUCCCACUCCUCAUCCUCUUCAUCAAUCUUCUGCACUUAAUUACAAUAAUAAUAACAAUAACGGUGAUAAUGAUGAUAACUCUGAAAGUAGUAGUGAUAGUCAAUUGUUAAUGAUCAAUCCAGGUCAAUGUUUAAUACAAUUGGUGAUUCAUCAGUUGUAUUUCUCGCCAAAUGCUUUAUUACCAUUGAAUAAAUCAUUUCAACAAUAUUAUCAUUCCUGUUGUACAACACAUUCAGUAGUAGAUAAUAGCAAUGCUUCAUCAUCUAUGUCAUCGUCAGGAACAGUAUCAUCAGAAUGUCCUAUGAUGAUUACAACGACAUUACCACUGAGAUCUUUCAGUGAACAACAUCAGCAAAAAAUUGAUCCAAAUUCUUCUGCAUUCGGUUCUUUUCAUCAUCGUUAUCCAUCAUUAUGGGCAACAGCAACAUCAACGCCGGUACCGUCAACAUCCUCAUCGUUACUAUCAUCAUCGGUGUCAUCUACGUCAUCAGUAGUUUGGGCGCAGUAUUUUGCUAUUUUAUUGGAUUAUGCUAGUUAUGGUAUGCAAGAAUGUCAUUAUUUGUUGAAACUUCAUCUGCCUGAAAUUUUAGUGAAUUAUGUGUUAACCCAUGAAGCUGUGCUAACCAAUCUUGGUACUACCUCAAUGUAUAAUGUGCGUACUUCUGUUUCUACUUCUUCCGCAUUCUCCAUUUGGAAUCAAGAACCAUCAGCAUCAGUACUCCUUAGAUUUAAUCAUAUACAAGAAUCUAUUAAAAGUGUAUUCAAUGAACUGUUGAGCGAGAUGCAAUCAUGUGACUGUCCAAAACUAUGUCUUUCACAUAGCGUAAAUGCUCUUAUCUAUGGAAUUUUUUCUUCAUCAUUACCAUCAUCUUCUUCAAUUGUAAAUAUAUCCAACUCACAUGUCAACUCUUUUAAUCAAUCUAAAUAUGAUUAUAACGAGAGUUUGAAUAGUUAUCAUGCUCAUAAUAGUAAUAAUAAUGGUAAUCGUUCAAACUGCAGUACAGUUAUAUACUCUGGUUUAAGAAUUUUAUUCGACCUUAUUUCUUAUUUAAUCAGAUCUUGUGAAAUUCCUUUGCAAUACCUCAAUAUUCCAACGAAAACAGAUGGAUCAGUAGUAUCUAAAACACCUAUUUCUUCGCAUUUGACUUCUUUGUAUAUAUCCCCUACUGCUUCUUGUGUUUAUUCUUCAUCUGUAUCGCCUUCGUCUAUGAAAGAAGACAAUCAAAUGCAUACACCACAUCAUACAGACAAUCAGCAUAAUCCUUAUUGUACAAUGUCCACACCUGUGGCUGUUCUGUCAAAUACAAUGAUACAAUUAUUUUUAUCAAAUCAUAAAGAAAGUGUACUGAAACAGUUAACCGGUUCAUUGUUGAAUUCGAUUACACUACAGCCUAUCUCAGAUAUUCUGUUGUUUUUCUCCUAUGGAAAUUUUAACUUUUCACGUGCUGCUCUCAGGGAAUCAGUCUAUUGUCUUUUGCAAUCGUCUGAUUUUGGGAGUGUUAUUAAGUUGAUUGAAUGCUUAUUAAGCAUACCGGAUUCAUUGAAAACAAGAAGAAUUCGUCUUUUUUUCAGUUAUUCGAAUAAUUCAAAAUUAUUUCACGAAUUGAGUUCAAAAUUCAGUUGUGAAAAGAAGACUACUACAGCCUAUCAAGUCUUUUAUUUAUACCUCAAUCUGUUAUUUACACACCCUGAUGUUAUCACCUAUUUAUCGAAUGAGCUUUAUUUGCUUCAAGUACUCAGUGAGCUCAAUGCAACAGCACUGCAUAGUUUAAGAAUAGGCCCAUCGCAUAACUGGCCUGAUGAUGAUAGACAGAAAAAAAUUGAAGCAUUUGAACAAGCUGAACAAAUUCUACUGAAUUUAAUCCCUUCAGCGGAAGCAAAUUUAAAGUGUAGCAUAGUUGACCUUGUAACUUACAAAUCUGGUGGUCAUACUGAUUGUGAGAGUGAAGAAAAAGGAAGAGGAAAAGAAAAAGAAGUCGAUGAGGAAGAAGAAGAGGAUGAUGAUGAUGACAACGACCAACGUGAAGAUGAAGAGGAUGGUGCUGAUGCUGACGACGAAGGUGGAAAUGAUUCCUUUCUGAAUAAAUCUCUAUAUCCUCUUGUGUCAUUAUCAUUAUCAGUUUUAGACGACGAUGUUCACGAUAUGCACUUUGGUGAAUACCUCAUUAAUGAUGAUAAUACUAGUAACCUGAAUAAUGCUCAUGUUACCACUGCUGCUAAUAGUAGUACUGAUAGUACUGUUAGCAGUGAUACUAGUACACUUAUUGGUACUACACAUUUAGAUGCAGAACAGUGUGUGAACAGAAAUGACGGCAAUAACAGUAUGGGGACUGUUGACCCUCUUGUGACUGCUAUUACUACUACUACAAAUACCGUUACCACUACUUCUCAUAGCAGUAGUAGUAGCAGCAGUAUUACAAGUAAUUAUUGUAAUGCUAAUCAAAUAUCUGAACAGCAACAACGACAACAGCAAAUAUCAUCGUCGUAUGUAGAAUUUAUUCAAGAGGAAGAUAACACUGCUCAUUCUGAUCAUGAUGGUGAUGAUGGCAUUGCAGAGUGACAUUAAUAAUAAUAAUAAUGAGUGCGAAACAGUCAAAAAUCAAUUAUGCAUUCCUACUCUCUCUCUCUCUUUCAUCUGCCUGUCUAUAUACUUGUGUUGUUUUCAUCAUCGAAUUGUGUUAACAUUUCGUAAGCGCAAAUUAUUAUUAUCGACAUGGUUGUUUUCUUUUUCUGUGCUGUUUGAUGUUCACUUGGUUAGAGUUGAUCGGAUAACCGUUAGAGGUGUUCACUCCUUACACAUUCUAUCAGCUAUUAUUAUCGUUCCUUCUUCUGAGCUACUACUACUACUAUUACUACUAUUGCAUGUUUUUUGUUGAUUUUGUCUUUCAUCAGUGUCGAUGACAUUGUCUCGUCAUGAGAUAAUCACCUCAUCGUUGGCCUUACCCUUUUUGACUGACAAAGAACAAGUCAAAUUACACGUAAUUUGUUCGUUAAAACUUUCAUAAAUCGAAGAUAUUUUAUUUUACAUUUGCUCACUCACGCCAACUUUCUGAUGACACGUAUAUUAACUGCUCUCGUCAAAUUAUGUAUCAUAUACUUGAUUCCUGCUGUUGUUCUCUUCUUCCUUUUUCCUCUGUUUGUGAUCAUCUUCCUGUUUAUCUUGUCUUAAAGACGAUUUUAGUUGUUUUUGUUCCCCUUCAAAGUGAUUCUUUUUUGAAGUAUUCACUGCAAGUGCCAGUUGUGUAUGUAUAGGUGUAUAUCUAUGUGUGUACUGGUAUAGAUAGAUUUGUUCAUUCCCUCCUUAUUGACAAGGCUAUCUUGCUUUUCUCCAUCUAAACACAAAGUGAUCAACAAAUUCCACACUAGAUGAUAAAUUAAAUUGUGACGAAUAUAUGUGUAAUUCUUUUGCUAAAACGAUGAAUGGAAAGCAUCCAAGAGAUUUUUCUCUCUAUUUCACCCCACCCCCCACAUAUUCUACCUCUUUUGCAUUAUCACUUAUCGUGAUAUUGCUGUUCUUAUUCUUGUUGUUGUCUCCUCGUCAUCAAAUUUGGUCUGUCUAUUACUUGACCGAUUGAUUGACUGACUGAUUUUCGUUCAAUUUCUACCUUGCCUAUUUGUUCUUCUCCUUUUUCUCACGAUUUUAUCGUCCUCUUUCUUGUUGUUUUUGUUAUUGUUAUCAUUGCCUAUUCUUGUCACUUUCCCAUUGCAUCCAUGUGACUCUGACGGAUCACAAAAUAACCCCCGGUUGAGCGCCUAUUGUUGCUUGUAUCUGCCAAAUGUUGUUGUUGUUGUCGUCGUCGGACGACUGUGUUUUUUCUACCUGCUUCAAGAUGCCUUUGAAAAAUACGUGAAUAGUGUUGAUGCAAUUAUACUCUUCUUUUUUAAAUAGUAACUUUCGACGAAUAGUUUAUUAAUCAUGAGAAGUUUAUUAUUCAUAUACACAUUAAAGCCUAUUCUCUUUCAGAUAUGUAAUUAAAACUUUUCCAGAUUAACGCGACUUAGUUUACACCGGCCCUAUGUAUUGUUGUUCUUUUGCCUUCUCUGUGCCUCAAUUUUUUUUUCGAAGGCAUUAUUAUUAUUGUUAUCACGAUUAUGACUGUCUAUCUUCUGAUGCUGUUGUGUAUGCACAUAGUAUUCUUGUGCUCCAAAAUCGACACGAGAGAGUUUUGCCUUUCUUUCCCCUUUCUUUCUUCCUCUCUCAUUGGGUGUUUCUCCUCCUCGAUUUUUCUUUCUCUUUUGUUUGUCUUGAUGACAAAUCUUCCUUUGGGGUGCAGUGUAAGCUUUGUUGCUGGUUAUUUGUUGCGUGUGAGGUUUAACUUUUUGUUGUUGAUGUUAAGACUAUUGUUA